CCCCCUCCGUCUUUUGGUUCAUCACCAGGCUGAGGUUCCCGUUGGAUGCUGGUGUCCCUCACGACUUGAAGAGAAAAGAGGCAUGCCACCAAGUCUGACCUACCACAUGACUGCCGCCUGACCUAUUGCGUUCCUUGUCCCGGGGGUCAACCAACAUCGACUGCAUCACAAUAGGGUAUAAGAAGCAAAACACAUCGCCAACACCAAUACCAACAUGGCCGUCAACUACAGCAACCUGGGCCAAGGCAAUGACGACAUCCAAGACUCGUUGGGCUAUCAUGAUGCGGAUGGGUCGACGAGUAAACAGGCUACAACAACUUUAGAGACCACCGAGAACAAUACUCCGACUACAACAACCACUCCCAGUGUCGAGGUCCAGCAGGUAUUAUCUCCAGCGCAGUCUCCCAGAUCUCCAGCCUUGUCCAACUCCACCGCCACCGUCACCAGCACGGCGACGUCAGUAACCAUGGCCACGACACCGUCCCCGUCCGCCUUUUUGUCACUGGCCGAUCACACCUUUGCUCCGCUUGAGGACAAGACAGUUCCUGGCGAUCAUGACGGAAAUCAUGGAAAUCAUGGAAAUCAUGGAAAUCAUGGAAAUCAACAACUGGGCCUGGAAAGGGAUCCUCCAACCCGGCUGUUGAGCCCGGCCGGAAUCGUUAGGCGCGCCAGCAGCACGAGCAGCAUCGCUAGCAAUACUCCGUUAACCGCUGGAGCUCAGGCCCUCCUCCCACCCCCGGGCGCACCUGCCAUCCCGGCACUCGCAGAGUUGGCAGCACGCGGCGCAACCACGGUCAGCUACAUGGUCCAAUCUUACGAGGCGCUACGAGCGGCCAGGAUUGCCGCCGGAUACGAUCUGGUGCAGGUGUCGUCCAAGGCGAGUGGAGGUCCAGACCGUCCAGGUGGGAGUCAGUUGGGCGCAUCACCAUCACCAUCGCCGUCGCCAUCGCCGUCGAGAUCCCGAUCCUCGUCCAUUGUCUCAAUCCCCAGUCAACAAGAUAACACCGAUAACAGGGAGGAUAAAGUUGGCUACGAAAACAGCAACAACGGGGCUGCAGCUAACGACGACCAAUACGACAUUAACGAUCCCAGUCCCGAUAACUCAGCCGCCGUCACGACAGGGGAUCAUGACAACCAACACGACCUUUCUACCCCUUUAAACAACUUUUCGCUGCCUCCGCCACCGUCUGCGACUGCAACAACCACCGCUAUCGCCAACACGACCGUUGUCCGACCAACGCCCGAGAGCCCCAAAACACAGCGAUCGCGUAGCUCUACAGUAGCGCUCCAGCAGACUCCGCCGCCGAGAACAUCCUCGACCGCCAGCAUCCCCCUGAGCCACCCCACACCAGACACUAGUAAGCGAUCACGAUCAGGUGCCUACGUUGGUAAUAUCGCUGCUCUCGAGGCCACCGCCGAACGCUUUUCUUUGACCAGCUCAAUUGAAGAGGCCAUUCGAAACGAACACAACGAGCUCAAGCGCAGUGACAGUCGCCGAUCCGCCAUCCUACAAGCGAACAGUCCGACGAAAAAGUCGCCAACAUCAGACACCGGAUCGUCCCCCAAUCGACCGCGAGUUUCGACAAGCAGGACCAAUUCCAUCCGGGCAUUGAACUCUGCGGCGCGCUUGGGAGGCUACUCGCCUGGAGGUUAUGUUAUGACGCCCAACCAUUCUCUGUCGGGCGGCGCUCGCUCCGGAAGCAAGUCGGGGUCUAUUGGAGAGCAGGAGGAGACCGCAAACGCCCAGAACCCCGAGUUCAUCGAAGCCGGUACUGGAGAAGAGUUCCCAUUUGCCCGUCAUGGACCAGGAAAGAGUUCGGUCAGGGAGGCCUCAAAGAGACUCUCUCUUGCACAGAUCGCCGAGUUGGACCACCCAAUAACGAUUACCCAGGAUGCUAUCGACGAGGCAGACCGUGCUGCGGCUGCUGGGGCGGUCCUUGAUGACGAUGAAGCCAUCGCAGCCCGUGCCCAUCAACAAAUCGAGCCGCAGUAUGCAGAUGAGAUGGAUGACGUGGACCUCAAUGGACAACACGACCCAGCGCGACAGCCAAUGCUUGACCUUGGAUUCUUCGACCAGUCCACUCCCCGGUUACAACUUCACCAACCCGUCGACUACCCGCCCUACGAGGAUCACCAUGCUCAUCAGCAAUAUGACGGCAGGCCACUGACCUCCGAGUCCCGCAACACCUUCCAACAAGCACACGAUGCAUUUGGUGAUUUUGAUGGCGUCCACUGCGAUCCAGAUGUAGAUAACUUUGCAGGGCUCUCGCAGCCGGCACAGCCGGCUCCUCAGCCAAGGAGGCGUCGCGAGACAUUGCAACCACGACCAAAGUCCUACUUUGACCCUUCCACCGGCCAGGAGAUGCUCUACUACCCUGCGCCAGUUCCCGCCAUGCUCAACCUUCCGCCCAAACUAGCCAAGAACACCAAGGCUGGUACCCGGAACGUGCGUCGGUCUCAGGUCCUCAGCGUCAUGCAGCAGUCAUCAGUUUACGGUGGAAGCCGAGACAACCUGCCAAUGAUGGCAGGCGGUGCGGGUGAUGCACCACCACCCCAACUUCCCCAAAUUGAUGGCUUGCCGUAUGCGGACGGACCGGCUGAGACAGGCGCAUUCCCGGCGCAGCCAGGGCGGGAAAUUCGACGACCACAACGGUUGACCGAGACCGACAAGCGCAAGUCGCGCGCCACAAUGCUCAACGGUCUGCCACCGCAGCUUCGAGCCAGUGCCUUUUUCGACUUGCCGUCGUCUACUACUACGCCUCACAUAGAGCUGAAAAAUGGGUCUGCCACGGCGACCUUGGAAACCAUUCUGGAUGCCUCGGCUACAGCACCCGUUAGCGCGUUUGGGGCGUUUACGGACCACGCCUUUGCUGGAAAGUUGGGCACCGAGGUGUAUGGCACAGAGAGGAAGAAGAUUAACAAGUCGGCCACCUCUGUUGAGGUCCCCACAGCUCCCGCCAAGACCCGCAAAAAGCUGGUUAAGAGGAACUCGAGCGCUGGUCUGCUUGACGUCAAGGCCAACAAGGAUAGUGAUGAAGAUGAGGGAUGGACGAGUGUUGGCCUUGAUGCCGACGAGCCUGGGCCAAGCAGUCGGCGAUCGCCCGAGAUGGGCCAGCACACACCGAUGGGCCAGCGCACACCGAACCCCCAGGAGGAGGAAGAGGAGGAGGAACUUAUCGAUGGAGAGCCUGUAUUCAACGGCCCACCAACGACACUCUUGGCCGAGUUACAGAUGCGCAAGCAAAGGAACCAGAUGAUGAGGCGUCCCGCACCAGCUACCGGUUUGCACGCCACUUUGCUCGAGCUCAAUGCCGUGGCUGAGAUGGAACGCAAGCAACGUAUUAACAAGCGCGUUAACCUUGCUUGGGAAGAUUCCGCCCAGAACCCGACACCCGAGUCUGAAGAUGAAGACGUCCCUCUUGGCAUGCUGUACGCGGCCAAGGCCGUGGGCGUCAAGGAUCCUCACACUGCCGACAUUGCCGUCCUCAUGAGCGAGGUUAACCGCCCUCUCGGCUUGAUGGAGCGUCGCGAACUGGAAGAGAACGAGCCGCUUAGCCAGCGCCGAAAUAGGCUCAAGGGCAGCGAAAGCCAACCGUCCAUGUCUCUGAACCAGAUGCAGAAGCGCAUGUCGCACAUGACGCUGACUCCCCUCGGAGGUCCCAACGCCCUCGGCAACCGCUCACAAUCCAAACUGACCCUGCCUUUGCAGCGCGUGGGCGGUUCCGGACCUGCAUCCGUGGCAGGAGGUCUCGAAGCAGAAGGCAGCGACGGCGAAGGCGAAACCCUCGCGGCUCGCAAGGCCCGUCUAGCAGCCGAGAACCCUCUCCCCCGCGCCCGCCCCGUCAGCGCCGGCUUCUCUUCCGAGCUCCUCGGCGAGUUCGGCUUCGGCCCCAACGAAGAGAACCGCCCGACCUCCUCAUCCAAGGACUCCAAGGGCAAAGCGCCAGCCUCCGGCGUCCCCGAAGAAGAAGAAACCCUCGGCCAGCGGCGCAAGAGAAUCCAAGCCGAGCGCGAGGCUCGCGAGCAGGAAAUGGCCGCCGGCGCUCUCGCCGGUGCUACUCAACCCGCCAUGCUCGCGGCUCCUCCCCAACUGCGUGACCGCCGUGACUCCGCCACCUUGAUUCCCUUCGACCCCAACGCCAACAACGCCCAACUUUCCCGGCGCUUAUCCCUCUCUGACGCGCUCAACUCCUACCCCGUCGACACCGGCCUCAGCAACAUCAGUCCCCUCGAACAAGAACGUCUCCGCCGCGAAGCCGAAGGCCUCCGCCAGCAGCGCGCGCAGGAAGCCAAGAUGGCUGCUAUCCGUGCGCAGAUGCCGCAGACGCUUGCCGCGCCCGCUGUUGGCGCCAGGACGGGCGGGUUCAUGGGCGGUAUUUAUAAUGGCCUCGCGAACCGGAGUAAUCCUGCGCUUGGCCAAGGGUUGGGGAUCGGGUUUGAUCCGAAUGCUAAUGCUAUCCAGCCGAGGGGUCUGUUGGCGCAGCAGCACGAGAUGGAGAAGCCGAUGGCUAGGAGGGCUAGUACCAUGACUGUUGGUGUGCCUAUGGGUGGUGCGCAGUAUGGUGCUGCUGCUGGUGCGCAGUAUGGAAUGGGAAUGGGCGGUUAUAUCCAGCCGGCGCCGCAGCAGUACGGCGGUGCUCCUGGUUAUGCUGCUCAGCCAAUGGCGAUGAACAUGAACAUGAACAUGGGCAUGCCGAUGGGUGGAGUGUCGAACUAUGGCGCUUACGGCGCGCCGAUGCAGUUCCAGACGGGACCGGGACAACAGAUGGGACAGAUGGGAAUGGUUCAGCAGCAAGGGGGCGUGGAUAUGGUUGAGAGGUGGAGGCAGAGUGUUAUGCCUUAGGAUACCUUAAGUGAUUUUUCUUUUCUUUUCUGGAUGGACACCGUUUCUGAAUAACAACAUACACAUUGCAUCUCAGCAUAUUGGCGUGCGUGGGUUGGGAAAGAUUGGAAUGGAA